CCGGAGCGGCGACCACCUCCAAUGCUGCGCUACCCGUUAGUGUCAGCAACAGUGGCUUUGUCGGCCUUCUCGCCCUCCUUGGCGCCAUGCUAUUCUAAAUUUGACAGACUAUCUUUACGCAUACACGCACAGUGCUGUUUACCUACUUGGACUUUCGCGUAUAUACCUUUUUUUCUUGCAGGGGCAAAAUUAUUAUACUGACAGUUUGGAAUAACCAUAUACUUGCUAGUGGACGCUUCCAUUGUACAUGCUUGUUGUAGUAUGUAUGAUACCAAGUCACAUUUGCUUCAUGCAGAAUUGCUCGGCACUUUCCGAGCCCUAUAAGAACCGCGAUCACGAGCCUCAAGUGGUACGCGCUUCUUGACUUCAUCCAUUUCCUUCCAUUUCCUAGCUUCACGCCCUUCUCAAUUUGCCUCUCGCGUAUCAUGCAUUUCUUCGCCGUCUCUUUGUCUCUGCUGUUCGCUGCCUCGACUUUGGCGUACCAAAUCAAUGAACCCUCCGGAACCGAAGGAUGGUCCAACUCUGGGCCCAAUACCAUCUCUUGGGAAAGGGUCGAUACCGAUCCAAUGACUAAUCGCGAUGUCUUGUCUCAGGACGAGAUUAUUCUUGCUUCUCUGGACGGAACGCUCUCGACAAUGCAAGUCAACCCUCCUGAUGGCGGAUGGCCCAUCGGCAGAACGUUUCGUAUCAACUUUGUCCAGGAUUCUCAGCAUCAACAUACUAUCCUCGCUCAGAGUUCGGAAUUCAAUAUCACCAGCGAAAAGGACACGAUUAUGGCUGUCACCACUGACACUCCGACGUCGACUACUGGUGGUCACUCGUAUCUCCGUACUUCGACUUCCGCUGCCUCUGCCGCCAAUUCCGGUGCGUCCGCGCCCGGCUCGUCCAGUACGCAAACGACUCCUGCCUCUGCCACCUCCAAUGCCGCGCUCCCUGUCAACUUCAGCAAAAACGGUCUUAUUGUUCUGCUCGCUCUUCUUGGUGCCAUUUUGUUCUAG